UCUUGAUCAAACAGUGGGGACGUACUACCAUAUCACUGCCAUCCUCUUUAUAUCGACACAUUCAUUCACUCCAUUUAUGAAAAAUGCUGCAGUUGGUCAGCAUUUGCUCUCAGGUGCCCUCUCUGGGUUUGGGGGAGCGAUCUUAUUACAGCCUCUCGACCUCCUGAAGACCAGGAUUCAACAAGGAGAUUCUGCUUUGAAUGCCGGCAAUACAACUAUUAUAUGGCGUACGACUAAGGAUAUUAUCCGGAACGAAGGCAUAAAAGGGUUAUGGACGGGUACAAGUGCCACAUUGGUUCGCAAUGUUCCAGGAGUGGCCCUCUACUUUACGAGCCUGACUUAUCUACGUUCUAUCAUGGCAAAGUCGCCCUAUUUUUCCGCACACCAGCAGCACAGCCGCGACAGCUCUAAAACCGUCCUUCCGAAACUGUCUAGUCAGGGCAACCUCAUAGCAGGCGCGACCGCUCGAGUCGGAGUCGGAUUCAUCCUCAACCCAUUUUCUAUCUUGAAAGCGCGUUUUGAGAGUGAGUUGCAUGCAUACCGUAGUUUAUCCGGCUCGCUUCUUUCUAUCGCCCGUAUGGGACCGUCUGAACUUAUGCGCGGAUUCGUUGCGUCGUCGCUGCGGGAUGCACCAUACGCCGGUCUAUUUGUCGUCAUAUAUGAGAGUAUUAAACGCGAGACAACGUACUUCAUCCCAACAGCAUAUGCAGUAGGCAUACAUAGCUUCUCAGCAGCAUCUGCAGGUGCCGUCGCCACGAUGGCGACACACCCAUUUGACGUUAUAAAGACGAAAAUGCAAGUUCGUUCAGAAGACAAAUACCGUGGCUUCACUACAACUGUCAUUAGAAUUUUCAAGCAACGUGGUGCAGCCGGUUUUUUCGACGGCGCAUCUCUCCGCAUGUCUAGGAAAAUCCUCAGCUCGGCAAUUGGAUGGGCUGUAUUUGAAGGAAUGCUGCUCUUCAUGCAAACGUGACGAACUAUUUAACAAUAUUAUCCAUUGAUACAACUCAAGCCCGAAUCUGUUGGUCAUCGAGAGUACUCUUGUUGGAUGAACUUUGCGAUCGUUUGCAAUUGGAUAUUUGACGUCCCCUCGUAGAUUGCACCCUGUAAAGAAUACCAGCUGAAUAAUAUAAUCCAUUCAGUCAGAGCGUCACUCACGAUCUUCGAGUCUCUCCAGAAU